CAUUUGCUGCUGAAAUCCAUCACAGCUUCACUGUCUUUCUCUAUACAAGGAAUUUGCUCCGGCCACCACAACCUGUAUCCUUCAUCAUUUCUCAACCCAACUAUAGCACUUGCCAGAAAAUUCACCACCACCACUCUUCAAUUUACAAUUCCACCCUUCCCCUUUCUCUCUUACACAGUCACAUACAUUCUCCCCCCUAUGGCAUUACAGUAAAUUCAUACCUCAAUCAUUCAAAACCAAAGUACCUAUAAAUAAUUCCAACUCCUCCGUCCGUAACAAACAACAACAAACAAACACUCUCUUACCGCCGGAAUGUCGCCGGUGGCCGGAGCAAAAGUUCCUCUGCUACCAGGAUCCAAGCCUAUAGCGGAGCCGGCAACAGUCUCCGGCGCCGUGUUCAAUGUCUCUACCAGCAUAAUUGGCGCCGGAAUCAUGUCUCUCCCGGCGACCCUGAAGGUUCUGGGCGUGGUUCCGGCGUUUGUGCUGAUUCUGGUUAUCGCUUUUCUAGCUGAAGUGUCAGUGGACUUCCUCAUGAGGUUCACGCAUUCCGGCGAGACGACAACGUACGCCGGCGUUAUGAGAGAAGCGUUUGGGCCAUUAGGAGCAGUAGCAGCUCAACUCUGCGUCGUGAUUACUAAUCUUGGGUGCUUAAUCAUGUAUCUCAUUAUAAUCGCUGAUGUACUUUCUGGAAAUCAACCUGGAGGGGAAGUGCAUUUGGGUAUUUUGCAACAGUGGUUUGGAAUUCAUUGGUGGAACUCAAGGGAAUUUGCUCUGUUUGUCACCUUAGUCUUAGUUCUGCUUCCAUUGGUCUUGUAUCGUCGUGUAGAGUCCUUGAAGUUCAGUUCUGCAAUAUCAACUCUUCUUGCUGUGGCUUUUGUUACCAUAUGUUCUGUGUUGGCAAUCAUUGCUCUUGUGGAAGGGAAAACACAAACACCUAAAUUCUAUCCAAGUUUGGAUCGCCAAACUUCUUUCUUUGAUCUGUUUACAGCAGUUCCAGUCAUUGUCACAGCCUACACAUUUCAUUUCAAUGUGCAUCCAAUUGGGUUUGAGCUUGGAAAACCAUCUGAAAUGACAAAAGCUGUUCGAAUAGCACUAGUGCUUUGUGCUGUGAUAUACUUCACAAUAGGCCUAUUUGGGUACCUCUUGUUUGGGGAGGCAACACAAUCAGACAUUCUUGUCAAUUUUGACCAAACUUCUGGUUCUGCACUUGGUUCCUUGCUCAACACGUUAGUCCGUUUAAGCUAUGCAAUUCAUGUCAUGCUAGCAUUCCCUCUUCUGAAUUUCUCUUUGAGAGCCAACAUAGAUGAAUUCUUCUUCCCCAAGAAGCCUCUUCUAGCCACUGAUAGCAAGAGAUUUGUGAUUCUCACUGUGGUUCUGCUAGUCUUGAGCUACAUUGCUGCUAUUGUAGUUCCUGAUAUUUGGUACAUUUUUCAGUUCUUGGGAUCAACAUCUGCUGUGUGCCUUGCCUUUGUCUUCCCUGGCUCUAUAGUUCUAAGGGAUUUUCAUGGUAUAUCAACUAGAAGGGACAAAAUCAUAGCUCUGCUAAUGGUUAUACUAGCUGUAGUAACAAGUGUAAUUGCUAUCUCCACCAACAUAUAUAAUUUUUCCCGGUAAAAGUUCAUCAUAAAUUUGUAUCUUUUUUCUUUCCUUUUGUAUUUUGGUUUAGAAGCUUACAAAGAUUAGGGGAAGAGGGGGCCUGGAGAGAGAGCUAGAGAAUUCUAGAGUCAUUUGAUUUUUGAGGCGCUUGUGUUUCUUGGGUUACUGUAGAUGUCAUUGUUGUUGAUUGUAAAGUUCAUAGAUGUAUGAAAAUGUAAUGUAUGUAAACAUGCAAAGAACAUGAGAUCCAAAUUUAUGACUGAAAGGGUGACAAAGUUUGGACACAAUAUCUUGUAAAACUCGUAAGUGCAAAUAUACACCAAGUGUUGUUUGAUCCA